AUGCUCGUCGAACAGUUUGACCAGCUUGUCGCACUGGUCCAGGGUCAGCGCGUCCUUAGCUACCCUAGAUGGAGUGGUAUAGAUCUCGCAGCACCCCCAGGCCCGCUCCCCCUCCCCCUAAUCGGGAACACACACCUCCUCCCUCCCUCAAAACCCUGGCUCUACUUCGAGUCCCUGUCAAAACAAUACAACACACCAAUAAUCACAUUCUGGACCGGCCGCCGUCCUACAAUCUGGCUCUGCGACGCCUGGACCGCACACGCGCUGCUGGAUAAACGCGCAGCGCUAUACGCCUCACGGCCGCGCAUGGUCGUCUUCGCCGAACUCGGCGCGGGCCAGGAAAACCUCGUGAAUAUGUACUACGGCGAUCGCUGGCGGCUACAUCGGAAACUCACACACAUGGGGGUCGGACUGCAGCAGGUGCGCAAGUAUCGCGGGUUCCAGAACGACGAGAGUAGAGUCGUUGCGUAUGAUUUGCUCAGAGAGCCGGGUGAGUAUGUGCGCCAUUUCGAGCGGUAUGCGACCAGUGUGGUUUCGAUUAUUGGCUUUGGCAGACGCGUCAGAAGUUAUAGGGAUCCGAUUGUUACGGAGGUUAUUGCUGUUAUGCAGAGGGCUGCGGAGUUGAAUGUCCCUGGGAAGGGGGCGCCGAUGGUUAUGGAGAGUUUUCCUAUUCUUGCGAAAUUCCCGAAUUGCAUUGCGCCCUGGAAACAGGGACUUGGGGGAGGACAAGGACGCGGACGACCGUUCUUCUAUGCUCUGGCUGAAGAAGCAGCGAAUGCAGAGAAAGCCUCGACUACGAAACAGGGAGAGCCAUGUUAUGCGCAACGAAUCUUCGAUGAAGCACCAAAGUAUAACCUAUCAAAGAUGGAAAUCUCUUCUCUCUCGGGAAAUCUAUUCGGAGCAGGGAGCGAUACGUCGAGUUCGACACUUGUGACAUUUGCCCUGGCGUGCUGCGCGUUUCCUGAGACGUUACCUCGGGCAUGGGAGGAGCUUGAUCGGGUUGUUGGGCCGCAUCGGAGUCCGGCGUUUGAAGAUGAGGCUGAGUUGGUAUAUGUUAAAGCAUUUGUGAAAGAGGUGCUCAGGUGGAGGUCUGUGGCUAUCAUCGGAGGCCAGCCGCAUGCGCCUAUUCAAGAUGAUGUUUAUGAGGGCUAUCUAAUCCCAAAAGGAACCUGGGUGCAAGGCAACGUCUGGGCAAUCCACCAUAACGAGCGUGAAUUCCCAGACCCCGAUAGGUUUAAUCCGGAUAGGUAUAUGUCCGGAAGUCCAGAUUCACGGCCUUUCCCCGGCGAGAAGGGGUAUAUGACGUUUGGAUGGGGACGGCGGGUGUGCAGUGGACAGGGUCUAGCUGAGCAGGGCACCUUCAUCACGAUAGCGCGGUUGCUGUGGGGGUUUCGGAUUGAGAAGGCGAGAGCUGAGAAGGGGGAUGAGAUUCCGGUUGAUAUUUUCGAUUAUACGAACGGCCUCAACAUGCGCCCUAAUCCGUUCGAGUGCAGUAUUACGCCUCGCAGUGAGGAGAUUCGGUCGACGAUUGAGCGGGAGGGAGAGCAGGCCUUGCAGUAUCUGGCGAAAUAUGAUGGCGAGUCGAAGUACCGGAUGAGUACUUAUUAUGCUGAGCAGAAGCUGUAG